AUGUAUCGUAUCGAUAAAGUGACACGGUUUCAAGCCCCUUUCAUUACCUUUGCGCUUCUAAACGCGGUCUACUGUUCUGUUUGGGACAUUGCAAUGGAUUGGAGCUUAGGUAAUGCCUACGCCAAGCAUCCUCUGCUUCGUGAAGCCCUUGCGUUUCGGAGGGUUUGGGUCUACUACACAGCUAUGGUGCUCGAUGUUGUCGUGCGCUUCAACUGGAUAUUCUACGCCAUCUUUGCGCAUGAUAUCCAACAUUCUGCUGUCCUCAGCUUCGUGGUUGCAUUUUCUGAAAUCUGUAGGAGAGGUAUGUGGACAAUCUUCCGGGUUGAGAACGAGCAUUGUACAAAUGUGCUUCUUUUCCGCGCAUCAAGAGAUGUUCCACUGCCAUAUGAAGUGAGUUCGGCACAUGCACAUAAUGAACAGCCCUUAGAAACUGUGCACGCCCAAGAUCAACAAACAGCCCUACCCAUCUCGCCUCCAGGCGAUGUUGAACAGGCCACUCCGCCAACACCAAGCGGCUCACUCCGCCCAAGGGCCCUCUCACGGGUUGGAACUAUGAUGGCUGCUGCACACGCCCAAGACUUCCAGCGUAGACGGCGCUUGGACCAAAUACCAGGUGCAACCGUGGCUCAUGGGCCGUCCGAUAGUCCCGACGAUUCUAGCGACGAUGAAGACCAGGGCAUUAUCCAACCAUAUCAAGAUGACGAUGCGAUUGAGGAAGAACUUUCAUUCCACGAACCUGAAAGAAAUAACAAUUAA